CGUUGAUGAUGUUGUUGUUGUUGUUGUUGUUGUCGUCGUCGUCGUCGUCGUCAUGUUCGCGUAUUUCGUCCGUCUUUUAUUCGAUUACACUUUGUCUAUUUUUUUUGCUCAGACCGUCAGAUUCGGUCGUCGGAGCUGUGUAAGAUAUAGAAUGAGAAAGAACGAGAGCGAGAACUGACUGCGAAUGUAUGCAUGUGUUAAAUUUCUUAUUCCAUUUUAUGCCUUUUUCAUUUGUGCUGUGUGUUGAUUUUGUAUGUGCGUUGUUUUUCUUAUUCUGCUUCGAUGGUCUUUUUUCUAUUCUUUCUUGUUAUUUUUUUUUAUAUUAUUGCGUUCUCCGUCUAUCAGGCCGUGUUGGAUGUGUUAUUUUUUUUUUGCUCUUGGUCGUUCUUGAUAUUUAUUUAUUUUGUUAUGUUUUUUUUUUCGUUGAAUUUUGUAUGAUUCUCGCCAGUGAGUAGUUGUUGUUGUUGCUACUGCCGCUUGUUUUGAGGCCUUUCCAUGUAGAGUAUGUGAAUGGUUUUAUACACAUUUAUUUUUCACAAUUUUAUUCUUCUGUCGUCGCUGUUAUUGGAUUUUUUUUUUCGUUCCUUCGUUCUCUCUUUUUCUUCUAUGUGUGUAUGAUUCGUUCAUCGCAUUUAAAUUGCUGUGCGUGCUGUUGGUUUGGUUCCUUGCUUUGAGAAUGCGAAAACAUGCAGAGAAAGACGGAGAAAAUGAUGUGUCCUUUCUACCCGAGAACAGCGUAAUCCAAAGCCGUUGCUGCUCACACGCACACACAACGGCCUCGAACAAACGACUACUUUGGGGAUUUUUCGUGCAUUUCUAAGCCUCCAUUCUGCUUUUUAUCUCAUUCUUUGCGACCCGACAACUGUAUAAUUUCCAUCCAGCGUGUAUCAAAUACUGUAAGAAGUAACAAUUCACGAUGAACGAAAAUGCUUGUGCCGGCCCGAUCACAAUACGGCCGCCGACUAAGCACGAAUCAAGAAGUAUAAUAAUUGUAGGGGCAAGACGAAACACCGCCGAAUAAAUGUGAAUCAUUCUAUACAUCGCGUACUGCUAUAGCUGAUCAAGAAAAAAAAAUCUUUGUUGUUUUCUUCGUUGAUUUCAAUGAAGCGCGCGCGAAGAAAUCUUACAUUUGUAUGGUACAAUUCACUGCACGGUUCUUUUCCAUUUGUCCACUUCGCACGGCAAGUAAAACGCGCACGAAUGCAUGCGUAUGUAUAUGAGUGUCAUUGUGUGUGUGUGGAUGCGAGAGAUGAGAGUUUCUUGAUGUUCGUUAUUUUUUUCGUUUAACAUUUUCGUUCCAAGACUUUGGAAUAAGCAAAAGAUCAACAACAACAGCAAAAAAAAAAUAAACAUCGAAAAACGAAUUACAACGAAUCGAAAGAGACGGAGGAAAACAAAUCCCGAAGAGAAUCAUUAUACCUGUGGAUAAAGAACAACAACACAGAAGAACGACAACAACAACAACAUAAAAAAAAAAUUAUACAUUUUUCGUAAAUGUAUUUUUAAAAAAAGGCGAACGCAAGAGAUAGACAAACAGAUUAUAAAAAAACCAACUACAACGAAAAUGUUAUGUACUCGCGCGGUGUAUGGACGAUCUAUCUAUAUUUGCUGUUGUUUUGUUUUUUCUUCAUAUACAACUUCUGCGUUGUUUUGCCUCGUUUUUUUUUGUCGUUCGCUCGCUCGCUCGUUGUACACACAAAUGUACGCACUCACCAAAUCAAAAGGAGCUAACAAGCUCGCUUAGAACACAUCACAUAACAGUGAACUGAAAAAAUAACGACAGAAAGAGAGAGCAAAAGCGAGAGAGAAAGAGAAAGGAACUGAGAAGAAGAAAAAUAAUCUUCAUUAUUCCCGUACUGCAUUCAUUCAAAACGAAAAGAUUUACUAAUUUUGGAUUCAUCUACAUCAUCACAGCGCAUUCUUCGUCGUACUCGUUUAUUUUUUUUUCAUUUUUCUCUUUCGUCGUUUGUUUCUCUAUCCGUUUUUAAAAUAUUUUGUUGUUUGUUUCGUUCGAAAGGCCCAAUCUGUGCGGGCAUUGAACAGCGUAAAAAUGCAGGAAAUAUCCAGUAUUUUAGUGCACAAUCUACGGAGUGUAUCAAAACGUUUUUCAGUUUAUUGAACAGCAAACCAAAAAAAAAGUUUACGAAGAUAAAAACAGCACCGAAAAAAAUAAAAGAACACACACACACAGAGAGAGAGAGAAAGAAGAAACGAUUGCAAACAGCAUUUUCUAAAAAUAUAUCGAUUGUGUAUUAUGGAAUAUUUACAAGUUACCGGGUAACAGUUCGAUUGACACGAAGGAGAGCGAAAGGUUUGACUGAGCCAGAAAUAAACCAUUGAUAUUACUACGGACAUUUGAAACAUUUAUUGCACCAAAACCGACAAGAUGCAGGCAGUCGUUGGUGAUGGACGGAAGGGUGACGCAGCGCUUGCGUACGAACUGGAGAAAUCAUUGCAAAAUGUUGAGCAGCAAGAGCAAUUGAUGUACGGUGAAGAGGGAACAUGCACAUUGUGCUCGAAAACAUUUGCCAGAAAAUCAUCGUUAUUGACACACAUUCGAAAUCACACAGCUGAACGAAAAUACCAGUGUCCAACAUGUCAAAAAACAUUCACACAGGCGGCUAAUCUACGGAAUCACGAACGAAUCCAUUCACAAGUGCGUCCGUAUGUGUGCGGUGAUUGUGGAAAAGCAUUUACACAAAUCACAAAUUUGAAUAAUCAUCGUCGGCUACAUACAGGAGAGAGGCCGUUCGUGUGCAUUGAACCAGAGUGUGGCCGAUCUUUUGCACAAGUUACUAAUUUAAACAACCACAUGAAAUCGCACCAUAAAAUCCAACAAUACCUUUGCAAUCAGUGUCCGCGUCGUUUUACGCAGGUGACAUCGUUGAAUCAGCAUCUGCUGCUGCACAGCGGUUUCAGUGGACUGGUCUGCCCGCAAUGCCCCGACAAAACGUUCAAGCAACAGAAUCAGCUGCAGCAGCACAUGAAAACCCAUGGUUUAACAUUUCCAUUUGAAUGCACGAAAUGUGAUGAGAAAUUCUUGCAAGCGGCUCAUUUCAAUCAACACUUGGCCCUGCACGAGGAAUUCAAGUUUCGUUGUACCAUGUGCUCGAGCAGUUUCAAUCAAGAGGCAUUGCUGAAGAAACACAUGCAGCGACACAUCGAUGGUCGUUAUCAUCAAUGUCCCGAAUGCUCCAAAGGAUUCACCCUAAAGAAUCAACUGAACAAGCACAUCCAACUCGAACAUGCAAGCAGUGAAGCGGCUCGUUUGCUGAACAAAAAACGCACCUCAACAAUUGCCGGCAAAUUCAAUUGCUAUUUCGACAAUUGUGAUGCUUACUUUGAGUCGAAUGACUUGCUGAACACGCAUUUGAACAAUGUACACGGAUUGGCGUUGAUCAAAAGUCAGAAUGCUGGCACAGCCAAUACGGGUGGUGGUGGUGGCGGCGGAGGUGGAGGCCGAAGCAAAAAGAAUAAGGGAGAUCCACAUGCGCACUCAAUGUUCACGGAGCAGCUAAAGAAUAUCAAGGAAGAAGAACCACACCACCAUCAUGCUCACCAACAACAGGUACCACUAUCGUUGCCCCUUGGAAUUUCGUUACCAUUACCGCCAUUCAUGAACGGCAAUGGUUCGUUACAGGCACAAACACAGCAUAUGCCACAACAAAUGAACGUCAUGCUACAACAUGCUCAUCAACAAGUCCAACAGCACAUCCAACAACAGCAACAGCAGCAACAACAACAACAACAGCAACAGCAACAGCAUCAUCAUCCGCAAAACCAUGCCCAUGCCAUAAACAUAUCGAAAGAGAAAAACAAGUGCCACGAAUGUAAUAUUAUCUAUUCAAAUGAUACCGACUACAAAGUUCACAUGUACUACAAACAUUUCACAAAUGCCAAUAAAAUGUAAAGCAAAUGGAUUUGUUUGGUCGGCAUCGUCGUCGUCGCCGUCGUCGCGUCGUCGCGCAAGCUCGACACACUCUCUCUCUUUCGAUAUUCUAUCGAUUGGCAUUUUGAUCGGCCAACCGAUUGCCAAUGGGAAUAUACCGUUUUACACACUUCUAUUUCGAAGCAUCAUUUCUAUUUUCUAACGGUCUCUCUCACUCGACGAAGUGAACCAUUUUCUUUGCAGUUGUUUUUUUUUAUUCUCCAGUGAUUACAUACACGAAACAAUAUUUAUGUUUCGAUCGACAUCGGUGAACAGAAGAAGAAAUAUGCCGCUAAACGAAUUUAUUUUAUUUUGUGAUCUCCUCAAAAUUUCUCGAAGCCAAUUUCAUUGGCACCAGUUAUUAUAUUUACUUCGAAUAGCAUAGCUUCCAAAAACAAAAACAAAAUUGGGAGAUUUUGGAAUUUAUUUUUAAAAAAACACAUUUGGUUCAAAAUUGUCACAACAAUUUUUUUACCUGGCAUUUCAACUUCUGUUCUCCAAGUCACACAUAUGCAAACCUACAAAACGAUUACAAUAGCUAUACAAAAACUCUUUUUCUGAAGCAACAAAUUCAAAUUGGUUUAAAUGAGAAAAUAUAAAAACAAAAAACCAUUUAAUUUGAUAAUUAAAAACAAUGUAAAAGUGGACAAAACAAACGACUAGUACCAGAUAUAUUGAAUAACAACGUCAACAUAAAACGGUAAAUCUAUCGAAUUAGGUUAUAUUUUGAACAACAAAAAAAUACUAUGAAAAUGAUAAUGAAUUUUAUCAUUUGAACACUUGAUAUUGUGUGCAAAACUACUAUCUAAAAAAAAUGGUUGGAAACAAAUAACAAGAAAAAAUGAUAAGAAAUUGUGUGACUCAACACAUUUUGUUAAGAAAGAGAAGGAAAAAGGACUGAAGUAAAAUUGAUGAACAAAAAAUGAGAAUUCACUGGUGAAUGACAAUGAUUUCUGGAUGAAUAAAGAUUAGAUAGUUUUGCACAGAGACAACCGAUUAUAAACAAAAUGAAGAGAAUAAACUAAGAUGAAAUUUUAUAAUUGAUCUAGCCAUUAAUGGAAAUUCAUGUGCACAUUUAGAGAAAAAGUCGCAAAGUAUAAGCAAGAACAAGAAAAAAACUAAACAAAA